CUUAAAGAAUGUCAGAUAUAUCUACAAAUAGUAGAUCCGUGUUAAAUAGCAUGAAUUUUCAAAAUCAUACUAAUUCACGUCCAAAAUUUCAACCAAUACGGGUGAAAGAGUUAUUACAUUUUUGUGAAAGUGAUGAUGAUGAAAGUGAAGAAAAACCACAAGAUUCUGAGAUUGAAUCAGAUUUUGAUGACCCUCAGCCUUUAUUACAAGAUAAUUAUAUCGAAGAUGAUUUAAAUAACUCAUUAUCCUUGCAUACAACAGUGUACAAUGAGAUAAAAGGAACUUGUAAGGUUUCACAUAUAAUUGUUUCUUCAAAACCUGAAGAAUCUGUGUUAAUUAAUGAUGCUGAAUAUAAGCCUGUAAUAGAAUCAGAACUUUAUGAACAUGAACACAAUAUGCCAAGUGAAAAAAAUGCAACAUGUAAACAAUCAAAUCAAAUGCAAUUAAAUAUUGAAACUCAUACACAAGAAAUGUUCUCACAAAUUGAACACAAAAAUAAAGAUAUUAUUAACACAGACAUUAAAGGCCAAAUAAAUCAAGAUCAAUUUGUAGAACAACAGAGCAGAAUAAAUAAUAGUGAAUCUAUUGCUUCUACAUUUCAACAUUUUGAGAAUACAUCACAAUCUGGAGUGCAUAAUGUGCAGAAUGUAAAUAUUAAAAGAGAAACAUUAGAAUUAAUACCCAUGACAAAUGAAGAAAAAGCUCAUUAUGAAAAUGUAUCUUCUACAAGUAAAUCAUUAAUAUCAGAUAGCGGAACAUCUAUAAAUUCUACUGAUCAAUGGAUAUUACAAACUCCUUUAAAACAUGCACCAGUUAAUUCUAUACAUCCUGAUCCAUCUUUUUCUCGUAAAAAUAUUAUUCAAACACCACAAAAUGAUGUAUCUAAUAAUCAUGGAUUGACUCCAGCUACAGUUUCAUCUCAUUGGUCUCAAAGUAAUAUAAAACAAACUCCAUUAGAAAAUAAGAGUAUUAGUUAUAGAGAUUCUGUGCAAACUCCAAAACAUUCUGUUUAUUUUACACCAAGUAUAGGAAAACAUGAAACCCUAAGAUAUUUGAAUACAGAGAAUAAAGUAAGAAGACCUUUAGCAGAUACAGGAAGUUGUACAAAAAAUGAUGCUUUUAAUAAACAUCUAUUACAUGGAUCUCAGCCUCCUAAAGUAAAUGAAGUAUCACCUAAAAUUCAAAAUAAAUUAUUAUGUAAAGAUCUGAAUAAAACAGAUUUGCCAAAACAAGUAUUUGAAAUGUCAGAAAAUGUUGUACAUCUGGAAUCAGAUAUUAAUGAUAAAUUGAAAGAAAAUAAAUAUCCAAAUACAAAAAAUGCAUUGCUGGACAAAGAAAAAAUAAGUCAAAUAUCAAAUAAUAGACAUGAUCCACAUUGUAUUAAAGACAACAAAGAAACCUUAAAAUCAAUGUGCAAUCAUUCUCAGAAUCAAUAUACAGAGACUAAUAAUAAAAAUCAGCAGCAAGAAUUAAAAAAAAUUGUAAAUAAUCCAUCAAGUGUACAAUUUUCAGUGCCAAUUAAUAUUCCUAAAUCUAGACAAUCUAGAACUCUUUUUGUUAAAGAAAAGGAGUAUUUAAUUUUGGGUACACUUGGUCAGGGUAUGAGUGCGGAGGUUUUGAGAGUACAAGACUUGGCUUCUCUUGAAUUAUGUGCUAUUAAAUGUGUUUAUCUUAAUCGUUUGGACAAAGACUCUGCACAGGGUUGUUUAGAAGAAAUUUCUAUGUUACAUAAAUUACAAGCACCAUGUGUUGUUAAAAUGUUUGAUUAUGAAAUUAAAUAUCCCAUGGUCUAUGUAGUAAUGGAAAUGGGAGAUACUGAUCUAAGUCGUCUUUUAAAAACAAUGUCACAGGAAAAACAAAUUUCUCUUACAAUGAUUUUAUAUUAUUGGACAGAAAUGUUGAUAGCUGUUAAGCAUAUACAUGAUAACGGAGUAAUUCAUUCAGAUUUGAAACCAGCAAAUUUUUUAUUAGUACGAGGACGGCUGAAACUUAUAGAUUUUGGGAUUGCUUCUAGUAUGAAUGCUGAUAUGACAUCUGUUGUAAAAAAUUGCCCAAUUGGAACCUUAAAUUAUAUUAGUCCAGAAGCUUUAAUGGAUAUUGGUGGAAAUUUAGGUUCUCCUACACAAAAUGUUAAAUAUAAAAUAAGUUUUAAGUCAGAUGUGUGGUCUUUAGGAUGUAUUUUGUAUAGUUUAGUAUAUGGUCAUACACCAUUUCAUCAUAUUCGUUCACAAUGGGCUAAGGUGAAUGCAAUAACUAAUCCAAAACUAAAUAUUCCUUUUCCAACAAAUUUACCGUCAGAAGAUGGUAAUAAAAUUAUACCGGUACCACCAAUUUUAAUUGAUGUUAUGCGUAAAUGUCUUCAACAUAACCCAAAAGCACGACCAACAGUAGCCGAGCUUUUGCAAGUAGAGUAUAUUCCAACUCAACAAGAACAUAUAUCAACAACAUUUCCUGAGAUUCCAGCAAAUAUUUUGGUGAAAAUAAAGCAUACGUUGAAUGAAGAUGAAUGGCGACAAUUAAUUGGGAUUUUGGAAAAUAGACGAUAUAUAUGAAAGUAUUCAGAUCAAAUAUUUCUAAGUAUGUACAUAGAUUUUUUAUAUAUAACAAUCGGCAAUUACAAGU